UUCACUGCAGGUGAUAUCUAAUGCCUGGCUCUGAUGGCUUACGUUGUUUCUCACGACAUUUGGCGAAAUAAAACAACAACAGGAGAUUGCGAAGGACAGUUGACAGAAUGGGGAGACUCUCAGGCUGGAUCCUGGCUGCCGUGCUGCUUACGGCGGUGACCGGGGAGAGAGACCCGAGUGUCUGCAUGGAGAGGCCGCCCAACGCUGGGCCGCAGAUCCCUGUGCUGCCAGAUGUGUUCCAGGCGUAUGUGGAGUGUAACCUGCUGGAUAAAGGCUACUCAGUGGCAGUUAUGGAGUACUAUGACGGCCCGCGGAACCGAGGGUCGAUCCGGUCCGAGGCCCACGGGUCGACUCGCAUGGUCGUGUACGACUUUCCUCAGGACGAAGCCUUUGUCAUAACUGGACCCACGUGUGUGACUCAGAAAGCGUCAGAACUCAGCAUGUCUCAGCUCGGCCUGUUUGGGGUAAACAGUGGCAACGGCACCACAGCGCACAUCUACAGUGUUAACCAGGUGUUCCACUUUGGGCCGCAGGUGAGCCUGUUUUACGAGGGCACAGCCGAAGUGCGCGGCAUCCCGGUCCAGUGGUGGUCCACCUGCCAGUACAUGGCUGACCUGGACGUCACCUUCUUCGGACAGUACUACUUCACUCUGCCUGGCUACCAGAGCGCAGCCUACAGCCUUGAUGACGCCCGAAACCCGAUCCCCGUGCGAAUCAACGUGACGGGGAAGACGGGCGGCUUCCCGGCGCGGCACAUCAGCCACGUGUACGAGUUCUCACAGUUCCGAGCCAACAUCGACGCCGGAGUAGCAGCUUUCGAGACGCCGCCCCACGUGUACUGUCCCGGGCGUGAGGAGACCGUCCCGCUGCCGCCCGUCCCGCAGGUCUUCUCCUUCCAGUCGGAGGUCGCGGUGGGCAGCAGCCGGCUCAUCGGAAACUUCAAGGAAUGGUUUGACACAGGAAACCAGCUGGUCCGAUACGACACCAAACCUCCGUCCAGCCCAGAUGCCCCAACCAGCAACCCCGUAUCUACAGUGGACGACUUCAACACAGGCCUGUCGUACAUGAUUGACAAGCGGACGGGAGAAUGCACGGUUUCCGCCGUCAGGAAUAACAGCGCCGCGGCAGACGACCUUCCCGUCGACCCCUUCCACGUGCGGAUGAUGACAGCCGAGGAGUUCUUCCAUUUCGAGAACGCGAGCUGGGCUUACGUCGGGGAGGUGGACGUUGGCGGCCUCCCCUGCAUGAAGUGGAUCGCUCUGAGGGAGGAUUUCCCGCCCGGCAGCCCCAUACAGACCACCUGGGAGUGGAGCUUUGCUCAGCCCGGUUGGACGUCUGCGAUGCCGUCUGGGUCAGAUUUGACAUCCGAGUCCUUCCCGGUCAUGCUGGAGGUGCGCGGAGUCCACAGAACGGACUUUGCCUUCAGCUACAGUAUCUCCCUGUUCAGCGAGGUCGUGGACAUCACCAACUUUGACGUCGUGUCUCCGUGUUUCACCACGGAUCAGAAGAAACGCGUGCAGAUCAUAUUCCCAGGCCAGUUUCCGGCAGAGCUGAACUUGAACUGGUUCCGGACGGCACUGAAAAAGGGCGUGGCCUCGGCCGCACAGGUGUCGUCGCUACGGGUAACCGACAUACAGAUCGACCGUUACCCGAGCCAGAUCGUGGUGGAGGCGACGCUACUCGAUGUCACUCAGGUCACGGGAGACGUCCUCAAACCCGUGUCAGGGGUCAAUAUGGAGGAAGCCUUCGUCAACCUGCGAAACUCGGUCCAACAGGGAACACUCCGCUUCCUGGUCCCCAUCGGACAUGUCGACUUUAACCGGGAGCCUCUUCGAGCGUCUUUUGUUCGAGAAAUCGGGAUUCACUCCACGGCAGCAGAGCAAGUGACGUACACGAAGGGAAGCGUGCGAUUGGUCGGCGGGCGGACGUCGGGCCAGCUGCAGCUGGAGCGUACCACCGGGGAGUGGGGAGGGGUGUGCAGCAUGGGCUGGGACGUGGCCAGCGCUCGCGUCGCGUGUCGGCAGCUCGGGUACGAUGGCGCCAGUCAGGCAACCUACUGCGUCAACGAACCUGUUUCACCAAGAUCCGUGAGUACGACCCCGGUGACCUGGCUGUCGGGCGUGCGCUGUUCCGGGACGGAGGACUCCGUUCUGUCCUGCGGGAACUCCGGCUGGCAGUCCGCGCCAUGCGACAGCGCAGGGGUCAUCUGCAUCGACACCGUCGUCCCGGCAACCACCCAGGCACCGCCCGCCAGCCCCGCAUCAGCUCCUGUUACCAUGGAAACCCCUCCUGCCUCCACACCUGGCAGCUGCGACCAGGCGCCGCAGACAGCUGUCACAUACGGGACGGGUGUUCUAGCGGGGACUGCCGUGGCCAUGCUCGUCCUCGGAGGGGUCAUCGGGAACGGGGUCGGAUUCUUAGUCAGGAGAAGUUUGCCACAGCUGAUGUAGCAAAGCUUCUGCCACAGUUGAUGUAGCAAACUUUCUGCCACAGUUGAUGUAGCAAACUUUCUGCCACAGUUGAUGUAGCAAACUUUCUGCCAUAGUUGAUGUAGCAAAGCUUCUGCCACAGUUGAUGUAGCAAAGCUUUCUGCCACAGUUAAUGUAGCAAAGCUUUCAGCCACAGUUGAUGUAGCAAAGCUUCUGCCACAGUUGAUGUAGCAAAGCUUCUGCCACAGUUGACUGGACCAAGUUGGUUAUGGCCUGUUGUCUGACACUCCUGUCCAGUUACACCUGCUCUUACUUGUAUUUUGAGAUCCGAUUGUUGUUUUUACCUCAUAAGGGGGGUGGGGGGGUGAACUCUGGUAAAACUGAAUUUCAAUCCGAGCUUAAGUUUGGAGGGCAUUUAUAUA